AUGACCAAACGGCAGCCUUUGCUGCGGGUACUCGCCAUCCUGCCCUGUGGAUUGGUGGCCCUGAAUCAGUUGGUGUUCGUGGCGGGCCGUGAGCAGCCGACACUUCGUGGUCAGGAGGCUGCUCUGGCAGGUGCCUGCAACCAUGUUUUCCCAAUGUGGCAGCAAGCUCGGAUGCACAUGAGGAGCUGCGGGGAGAAGUCUACAGAGCUUGGUAGCAGCUGGAAGAAGGGGAAGCUGAUAACUCGUGAUGCAGUGGAUGCCAAUGACCCAUUCAAGGGUAAACUGAUCGUGGCUGCACCGCCGACAGAAGCUGAAAUUGCUUCACUACUUGAGAAAUUCAACAGGCGAUGCCCAGAUCCAAAGACUUUUCGAAAGCAUGCCAGUGCCCAUCUUCGUGGACGCUUUGGGCAUUUCGCCUUUGCUACCUUUGGAUAUGGCACUCUGAGCGAGUUUCUGUUUAGGCAUGGCUUUCCCACUCUGGAUGUUGAUGCCAUGGACAAGGAAACUCUUUGGAUGGAUGAUGUGCCGCUACACUUAGCACCUUGUCAGCGCUGCGGGCGUGCCUUGCCUCGCGAGAAAUUCUCAAGGCGGCAGCUGCGGAAGUGGGAUACGAAGUUUUGGCUCGCACGUCCACACUGCCGUGCAUGCCUGGAGAGCCAAGAUGGAAGGAAGACAGAGAUGUGGAUAUGGAAAUAG